GGCACCACCUAUGGACUACCCGGACACAAGGGAGUGUCGGAAUUUCCGGUGACGUCACCGCGUCUCAAUAUCCAUAAUGGGUCUGCAGCUGUCUGGAGAGCAACAAUAACAAGAGAAGCUCAGCGAUAAAACGAGUUAUUGUCUCGUCUCUGACACCUUUGCUAGCCCCAACUUUACAUCAUUCUGUCACCAACACCCUCGGAGAAUUAACUCUGGCCUCCGCUUCCUCCGACUCAGAAACCGUCGGAGCGUCGCCGCCACUGCGAAAGAAAUACCGAGCUUCGGUGGCGGAGGGAGCAGGGGGGCUUGGGGCUGCAAUUGGGUCAGCGGCCCUGUCUACAGUUGUGGGGAUUUGAACUUUUCCCAAUUCACCCGUUGCUCCUAUCAUUCGAUUCAAGCCUCACAGUGUAGCCCACAUCAACAUUAAUAACAUGCAGGCCAACGGGGCAGGGCAGGGUCAAGAUUCGGAGCUGUCCUGCCUAAACAACAGUGCGCAAAACGGAGAGUCGUCCUCCGCCGGGGAAGCUCACACUAACGUUAAUGGACUAUCCACAACAAACAAUGGGAACUCUGUCAGUAACAACGACGGUAUCCCAGCCCCAGCAGCAUCCAACAACACCGUGUCUUCGGAUGCAAACUCCGUGAAAAAGAAGAAACGUCUUUCUCAGUCAGAGGAAGAUGUCAUUAGACUUAUAGGGCAACAUUUACACGAUUUAGGACUUAAUCAGACAGUGGACCUGUUGAUGCAGGAGUCUGGCUGCAGACUGGAGCAUCCCUCUGCCACGAAGUUCCGCAACCAUGUGGUGGAAGGAGAGUGGGACAAGGCUGAAAGUGACCUGAAUGAGCUAAAAGCAUUGAUGCAUUCUCCAAGUGCUAUUGUGCGGAUGAAGUUCCUGCUUCUGCAGCAGAAGUACCUGGAGUGUCUGGAGGAUGCCAAGGUCCUGGAGGCGCUGCAGGUCCUGAGAGCUGAGCUCACUCCCCUCAAGUACAACACAGAGCGUAUCCACAUCCUGAGCGGGUACCUGAUGUGCAGCCAUGCAGAGGACCUGAGAGCAAAGGCAGAGUGGGAGGGCAAAGGCACUGCCUCCCGCACUAAACUCCUUGACAAGUUACAGACGUACCUGCCUCCCUCUGUGAUGCUGCCUCCGCGCCGGCUGCAGACCCUGCUGAGGCAGGCUGUGGAGCUGCAGAGAGAGCGUUGCCUCUACCACAACACCAAACUGGACAGUGGCCUGGACUCUGUGUCCCUCCUCCUGGACCACGCCUGCAGCCGGAAACAGUUCCCUUGCUACACCCAGCAGAUCCUCACCGAACACUGCAAUGAAGUGUGGUUCUGUAAGUUCUCCAAUGACGGCACCAAACUGGCCACGGGAUCCAAAGACACCACAGUCAUCGUGUGGCAUGUCAACACAGAGAGUCACCAGUUGAAGCUGAUGAAGACUCUAGAGGGCCACGCCUACGGUGUCUCAUACCUGGCCUGGAGCCCUGAUGACACUUACUUGAUUGCCUGUGGCCCCGAUGACUGCUCAGAGCUGUGGCUGUGGAACGUACAGACGGGUGAGUUGCGGACAAAAAUGAGCCAAUCACACGAGGACAGUCUGACCAGUGUGGCUUGGAAUCCAGACGGCAAACGCUUCGUCACCGGAGGCCAGAGGGGCCAAUUCUACCAGUGUGAUCUGGAUGGUAACCUGCUGGACUCGUGGGAAGGAGUAAGGGUUCAAUGCCUGUGGUGCCUGGGUGACACUCGGACCGUCCUAGCAUCAGACACACACCAGCGUAUCCGUGGUUACAACUUUGAGGACCUUACGGACAGAAACAUAGUCCAGGAGGACCAUCCAAUCAUGUCUUUCACAGUUUCAAAGAACGGGAGGUUAGCUCUGCUGAAUGUGGCUACUCAGGGUGUGCACCUGUGGGACCUACAUGACCGGGUGCUGGUGAGGAAGUAUCAGGGUGUGACACAGGGCUUCUACACCAUCCACUCCUGCUUUGGAGGACACAACGAAGACUUCAUCGCCAGUGGGAGUGAGGAUCACAAAGUGUACAUCUGGCACAGGCGCAGUGAGCUGCCCAUCGCAGAGUUGACAGGUCAUUCACGUACAGUGAACUGUGUGAGCUGGAAUCCUGUAGUGCCCGGUCUCCUGGCCAGCGCCUCAGACGACGGCACUGUCCGAAUCUGGGGCCCCGCCCCUUUCCUUGAUGUCCAGGACGCUGAGGGGCUAAACGAAUGUUGUAGCAUGGACAGCUGAUGGUGACCCUGGAGCAGAAGACACUACUUCUCGAAUCCAGGAGAAAAACACUAAACUCUAACGAAUGAAGCAGAGAAACUAUUGCGUUUUGACAGCUGCUUUCUGAAGGUUUUGCUCUGGGGCUGUGCUCCAGUGGCAGGUGAUAGCGUCACACACACGGAGAUGUCAGACAAAUCACUUAAAUUAACUGAUUACCAAGCAGGCACCUUGACUGACCUCCCACCUCUUCUUACCUGUGUGGCUCACAGUGUCUGAUGUCUGUUGCACCUCCUGUGUUCAGCCAGGCCCCAUCCUCUUUCGUCUUGGAGCUAACCCCAGGUCUGCCACCUUUCACCUGCCUCGUCGAGAGUUUAUUAUUUAUUAUUGAUAGUAUUAUUUAUUGUCAUGAUUAGUACGUUGAUAUAUAGAGAGAGGGCUGUAGUGGUGGAGAGUGGUAUGGGUAUAUACAGUGCUGUGAACAAGUAUUUGCCCCUUUUUAAUUCUCUACUUUUGCAUAUUUUUGAUACUAAAUGUUAUCAGAUCUUCAACCAAAACCGAAUAUUAGAUAAAGGGAACCUGAGUGAACAAAUACCACAACAAUUACAUACUUAUUUCAUAAACAAAGUUAUGCAACACCCAAUUCCCCUGUGUGAAAAAAUAAUUGCACCCUUACAGUCAGUAACUGGUUGUGCCAUCUUUAGCUACAAUGACUCGAACCAAACUCUUCCUGUAGUUGUUGAUCAGUCUCUCAUGUCGCUGUGGAGAAAUUUUGGCCCACUCUUCCAUGCAGAACUGCUUUAACUCAGCGACAUUGUAGGUUUUCCAGCAUGAACUGCAUGUUUCAAGUCCUGCCACAACAUCUCAAUUGGGAUUAGGUCUGGACUUUGACUAGGCCAUUCCAAAACUUCAAAUUUGUUGCUUUUUAGCCAUUUU